AUGGUAGAUGAAUCGAAAGGGGAAGGUGGCAUGUCAUACGUCUUGGGAUCCAAAGUCAAGGUUGCAUGUAAUACGUCUUCGGAUAUGCCACAGGUGUCUCUGCUCAUUGAAUUAAUGUAUGAGCAUUACAAGAAAGGACACCUUCUCUCAUCAACAUUUAGUGAGCAAAUUUGGCGUGAGAUCGGGAUUGAAUUGUCCCAACGUAAUAAAACACAAUACACAGUUGCGCAGCUUAAAGGUAAGGCUAACAGGCUUCGGAUGCUUUGGCGUAAGUUUUACGAUUUGGUGUACAAACAGACUGGUUUUGGUUGGGACCCAACAACGUGCACCGUGACUGCAUCAGAGGAUUGUUGGGCUGAAUGGAUCGUGGCUAAUCCGAGAGAGUCUGGCUUGAAAAAUAAGGGUCUUCCUCAUUUCGAUUUAUGUACUGAGAUGUUCUCAUUUUCUGUGGCCACUGGUAGCCAUGCCCGUUCUUCUGCCAUGCCUCCUGUCUCCAACAAUGACAAUGAUGACGUUGAUGUAAGCUACCCUGCAAUGGCUACUGAUAAUCCACUUGCAUCCGGGCCCGAGCAAAAUCCAACAGCAACAAGAGGUCGGCAGCGAAAAGGGGGGCAAAGUGAUCGGUUGAAGCGAGUUGAUAAAUGCAUUGAUGCCAUAACCGCUUGCAGUGAAGCCAAAACUCGGAAGCUGGCAAAUAUUUCGAACGAUAAUAUUGAAGACUGCAUGGCUGCACUGUCUAAAAUGGAGGGACUACCGCGGUAUUUAUUCUUUGUAGCGCAAGAUCAGUUUUUGUUGAAGUUGAGGCGUCAAAUGUUUCUUCUGAUGAGUGAUGAGGACAAGCGUGCUUGGGUUGAAAGCUUGAAAAAGUGA